AUGAAAUCUGGAACCUCCAACAACUCCAUCAAACAUUAUGUCCGCUCCACCUAUGCACACCAGGUCUUCAGCGCUGAGCAGGGACGCUUGCCGAAGACCCAUAAAUCAGGCUGGGCUCCCAUUACCUUCUGUGAGGAGGAAGAGCGCGGUGUUAUUCUCCCCCACGAUGACCCAAUCAUUAUUCGCGCCGACAUUUCUAACUUUGAUGUGGGGCGUAUCUUGGUGGACACUGGCAGUUCAGUCAGUGUGAUGUUUGCUGAGGCCUUCAACGAGCUCCAGGUCCCAUCUCACGUACUCGACCGAAGCAUUACACCCCUGGUGAGCUUCUUUGGUGAGGUGGUCCAGCCCAUUGGAAGCAUUCAUCUCCCAAUCUCUAUUGGAUCGGCACCCCAGCAGAGGACAAUCACCACUCCCUUCCUCAUUAUCGACUGGCCCACAGCCUACAAUGUCAUCCUCGGCCGCCCUGCCAUGGCCUAA